AUGUCCAAAAAGCUUUCAGGUUCAGGAAAUAAGCUCAUCGCAGUUAUUGGAGACACAGACACUGUAACUGGUUUUCUUUUAACUGGAAUAGGUGAAAGAAACAUAAAGGGAGAAUCCAACUUUUUAAUUGUCGAGCCAGAUACAAAAGAAAAACUAAUAGAAGAUACUUUUAAUGCAUUUUUGAGAAAUCCUAGUAUUGCAGUUAUCCUUGUUAAUUAACAUAUUGCAGAAAAAUAUCUUAGACAUAUUAUUUCUAAUUAUGAAGAAAUUAUUCCCACAAUUCUAGAAAUUCCAAGUAAAGAUAAGGUUUAUGAGCCUAAAAAGGAUUCUAUUAUGUAAAGAGCAAACAAAUUACUUUAUGGUAGUGAAAUAAAAUGA